CUAGCUUUAAAAUUUUGUUUCUUUGCGAGGAUGUUCGUUCGUUCGUUCGUUCGUUCUCCCAAUGCGCCCUCGUCGCAGUGGGUGGGCCUCUUUCUCUCUCUCUCUCUCUCUCAGCGAUUACCAGUCGAUCGAUCGCCUCUCUCUCACGAGGCCAAUUCCAUAUCCCUUCACCAAAUAUCAGUGUAGAUCGGCCUGUCCUCCCCUCCCGAGACACACAACAAGAUUAAUCUUUUAAUUUUCUUCUUCUUAGAUCGACCAGUACGUACUCUAUUUCGAUCGAUCCAUCGUCAAUGUUAGGCUCUCCGUCGUCGCCGGCUCCUCCGCCUCCUGUCGGUGCAUGCAAUGCAGCCAACGGGGGCAAGAAAAAGCGACGGCCGGCGGGAACUCCGGAUCCGGAUGCGGAGGUGGUAUCGCUGUCGCCGAGAACGCUGCUGGAGUCUGACCGGUACGUGUGCGAGAUCUGCAACCAGGGGUUCCAGCGGGAGCAGAACCUGCAGAUGCACCGGCGGCGGCACAAGGUGCCGUGGAAGCUGCUGAAGCGGGAGGCUUCGUCGUCGUCGGAGGUGCAGGUGCGCAAGCGGGUGUUCGUCUGCCCGGAGCAGAGCUGCCUGCACCACGACCCUUGCCACGCCCUCGGCGACUUGGUCGGCAUCAAGAAGCACUUCAGGCGGAAGCACAGCACCCACCGCCAGUGGGCCUGCGCCAAGUGCUCCAAGGCCUACGCCGUCCACUCCGACUACAAGGCGCACCUCAAGACCUGCGGCACCCGCGGCCACUCCUGCGACUGCGGCCGCGUCUUCUCCCGAGUGGAGAGCUUCAUCGAGCAUCAAGACAGCUGCACCGCCGGAGGAGCCCGGAUGCAGCUCCGCUUACCGGUGCCGCCGGCGUGUUUAUCACGGACGACGGCGUCCAGUCCUAGCCCCUCUAGCGACGCCGACUUCACCCCCGCCGCGUCGCCUGCAGGACCCGCCGUCUUCAAUCUCGGCGCCGACCGGCCUUCCUCCUCUCGGCCCGUAAUUCAUCCGCACCAGUACUACCGCAGCGAGCUCCAACUCCUCCCUCCAUCCUCCCCCUGGUUGUUAUCUCCGGCGACAGACGGGAGGGCAGACGCCGCAAAAUUGCAGCUUUCAAUCGGCCCGCCGGCCGACGAGGAGGAGAUGAAGCGGGCGAUGGCGGACAAGUCGCUGGCCGACGAGGCGUGGCAGAAGGCCAGGAGGCAGUUGGAGCUGGCCAAGCUCGAGCUGGAGAACGCGCGGCGGAUGCGGCAGCAGGCGCGGGUGGAGCUGAGCCGGGCGCACGCCAUCCGCGACCGCGCCGUGAGGCAGGUCAACGCCACCCUGAUGCAGGUCACGUGCUACGCGUGCCGGCAGCAGUUCAGAGCGCCGGCGGCCGGUGCCUCCGAGGAGAAUAACUCCGUCAUCGUCAGCCACAUCUCGUCGGCGGUGACCGAGGGCGAGGAAGACAUGGCCAACGACCACCGUAACAAACAUCGAGAAAAGAUCUCCCAACUAUUGCCAUAACUCAAAUUACUACAAUCCCAUUCAUUCUCUGAAUGAUCCAUCCUUUUUUUUUUUUUUUUUUUUUAUGGGGUGAUGCAUGAUUUCAGGAAGACUUGUUGGAAAAUUGUGAAUGAAGAAAGUUGCGGAUGGAAAUAGACUUUGAUGUGAAUAAAGCAUUAGUCUCACAUUAGAAGUUGAGUGACAUUAAGACUUGAACAAAGUUGUCGAUAUGCAAAUAUAUAAUCCGGAU